ACAAUCAUUUUCGACACAACGUUCUUGACAUAAUUUUUUUUAAUUAGACAAUCAAAGAUGUGCACAUGGAAGAAAUUUUUAUUAAAUAGUAUAAAUAUUAUCGAAUUGAUUUUAUCGAUUUUUUUAAAAUUUCGAUUAUUUAUUCAUUCAUUUCAAUGUCAACUGAAAAGGAAAUUGGCGUCUUAGCCAAAGAAUUAAAGGCUAAUUUAAAACAAUUUCCAAAUUUCCCAAGUGAAGGGAUUUUAUUCGAAGAUUUUUUACCAAUCUUUGCUAAACCUGAAUUAUUUCAAAAAUUAGUUGAUGCCUUCAAAUUACAUGUUGGUGAUGCUAAAGUCGAUUAUGUCGUUGGUUUAGAAAGUAGAGGAUUCUUAUUCGGUCCAACUUUAGCCUUGGCUUUAAAUGCUGGGUUUGUACCAAUUAGAAAACCAGGUAAACUUCCAGGUCCAACUUUCCAAGUUGAAUUCCAAAAGGAAUAUGGAUCAGAUAAAUUCGAAAUCCAACAAGACACUCUUCCAGCUGGUUCCAAAAUAUUGGUUGUCGAUGAUAUCUUAGCUACUGGUGGUAGUGCUUUUGCUGCUGGUGAAUUGGUUAAGAAAUCAGGAGCUGAAGUGGUUGAAUAUUUAUUCGUUAUGGAAUUAGAUUUCUUAAAAGGUAGAGAUAAGUUGGGAGCUCCAGUAUUUACUUUAUUAAGUGGUCAAGAUGAAAAAUUCAAAGAUUAAACUUAUACAUGCAUGUUUUUAUAUUCUUUAAUUAUAUUAAAUUUUUAUAGCUAUUUAUGAAAUGUAUUCACCAUAGAAAUGUUAAACUAUGAUAUUAUUAUUAUUACGUAUAUGUACCAGAUGUAUUAUUAACAAUCUCUUUAAUUACCUUCUCUUCAUCAUCAUCGUUCCGUUAUAAUACAAUUUAGGAAUCAAUCCAUCCAUACAACCAUCUAUCCACUUUUAAAUAUUAAGAAAGCUAAUUCUCCAAUAUAAAAAUAAAUAAAAUAACCUUGUUCAUGAGUAACAUAACUACCAAAACUCUUUCCAACGAUGACAUGCCACGUUGGGCCAUAAAGAUGAUCUAAUUCCUUUUUCAAAAAGGUAGCUAUAUCUUUCUCUAUCUUAUAUGAUAAUGCUUGUUCUGAU